UAACUUGAAGCCAGCUGCACCAUUGAGAUGGCCGCAAAAGAUUUUACGUCUCUUCUACAAGCUUACUAGCUUUGCAUCGCUGGCCCCAGGUAGGCUUUCUACUCCAAUGUGUGAUAAUCGUAUACACCCCCACAUUCUGAGAGUGCACACCCUUCUGUCUACUGGGAUGUAACACUUCCUUUUUCUUUAUAGCUUUUUGAGUUGGAUUUUCCCGUUCAUCAUGGAGACAUUGCUCUAGAGUGCCCACUUCAUCUUAAAGAAGAAUACCAGUGAGUGGCUGCUCAGCUUAAUGUCCACUGCUGUCACUGACAGACGCUUUCUUUACAUUAUGUGACAGGCUACUGUGGUGUCAGGAUGGUGUCACGCUAGUGAUGACUACGGGAUGGACAUGCUAGCAAAUUUGAUAUGGCAGACGUCAUACUCGUAUUACACGUGCCUGUCACGUGUGUGUCCUGCGCACCAACAACGUCUCGGGAAAAAAAUGCUGCACACCAAAGCAUCAGGGGUGCAAUGGCUCACUAAACUCAACGGUUUGGAUCGUAUCACGGUUUUGAGUCACAGAUCGGAUCAUCUUUCGGGGUUAGGGUUAAAUUCAUUUUAAAAUGCGCUACUUUGGCUCUGAUGUAGCCGCCUCUCUCUGUCUGUAGUCACCACUCUAUAGUCUCGCUUAAUGUCGCACCCACAGCAGUAUCUGAUUGGUUACACGUCACAAGUACUAACCUGUCAACACUGAAGGCUACUGUCCCACAGACAGGCAGAGACACUGGAGCUGUUCUGUUCUAUUUCUAUGAUGACAAGCGCGCCCAGUUUCCCAGUUACACCACUGAAAAAGUCAUAGCCUACGAGAUUACACUCAGUGGAGGCGAAGGUGACAGCUUUUAAAUCAGCCGCUCUUCCCUAACUCAGCACACAUCUGUCUUGUGUCUCUUUUCACUGCAACUCUGCAUCAAGAUUUAGGGAAGUAUAGUGGCAGUAAAACGAUUUCACAGUAUGAUGGUAAAAUUUUAAUCCACGGUUGACAUGUGUGCCGAACCUGGGGGGGGGGGGCACACCGUACAGAUCACAGAUCAACUAGGUUCCGUUCCACCACUACAAAGCGCUACAGCCCUCAGCCAGAGGUGAGUGAUUACUGUUGCGACUGUUUAAGGUUAUUUGUUAUUACCCUGUACCGCUCAUUUACUUUGAUCACUGCUAUUAUACAAAAAGCAAGAACUCUGUUUCCAUUUUCUUACCAAUUCUGCAUGUUCCUAGAUACAAGAAAGAGAUGUCGGGAUCGACGGCGAUGGUUACCAGCACAUAUGACUAAAAAGAUGUUCAUUGAUAUUUGCCAGGGUGAAGUUAUUCCUAUGUACUACCCAUUAUCUUUCACGGCCGUGGAGGAGCCUGCAUUUCGGGCAACAUUACCCGACCCAGAAGACCGAAUCAAUCCCGUUCCAGUCAGAGUGCAUCCUGUUCAGGCACUCAAACGUCCAACACAACACCACAAAACCAUGCACCACAGUCCUCACCCUCCAAUCUGCAAUCCUUCCACAUCUGCUUUUCCAGCUCCAGAUGCAAGAAUGGCGCAUCGGAUCAACGUCCUUGUUUGCCAGCACAAACGGCUGAAGAGAUGCUCACUGACAUUUGUCAGAAAUCCUCCAAGCUGUCAAGGAUCUCAUCUGGAGAGGAUGACCUGGGGAAGGAUGGGAAAGAUGACGACCAGAAGAGUGGCUCAGAGGGAGGAGACCCCGAAAGCGGCAUCAUCCAAAAUACCACCGACAGUAAGAACCAGCUGCUCAUAGAAGAACAUUAAGUGAAGAAAGCAUGAAAGGGAAAUCAUUCUUUGUAGCUGUGAUGUUGGAAAGGUGAAUCUACAACAUGAUUUCUCAUCAGCACUAUCUACUGGCUGCCAUCGUCACCUCCACUUCUGUGUUGGACUUCCAAUAUGUGUUUGUAUGAAAGAUGCACCCAUACUGAUACUGGUAUCAGUCAUCAUGUGGAUGCCAGGGUAUAACUGGGCAUUAUGUCACACAGUUUUUUCAGCGCUUCAUGCCAAGGGCCGUGUCAGAAAUCAAAGCGAAGAGUCAUCUUGAACUCUCUAGGAUAGACAGAUUAAGAUUUUUAAUCACUUUUAUUCAGUGACUCUGAAUGCUUGUAAGUUUAUAUUGUUAAAUAAACAUAAGUAUAGGAUAUUUAAAGGGGCAUUAAGUACUUGAAGAAGUGUAUCAUGCUCUAUUGCCAACCAUUAGGAGUUGUGAUAACAUUAGCUGUGUUUAUAUGGAGCCUUUUUUCUACUAGGCUCAGACUAAUAGCCCAAUCAGAAUUUAUUUAUUUUUUGUUUUUUUAUUGUAAGGUAUACCCCUUUCAUAACCUGUUUAUUUAUUCAUUAAGCGUUUGGUGGGUGGCUCCCUUUCCCUCUUUAAUAACUGCAAGAGUAGAAUUAAAUCUGUUGCUUCACUAGAAAACAUAACAGUAAAAUGUCCCAUCUUUUUCAAAAGUUUGCCUGUUUUGGUUGUACAUGUCAGAACACUUAUUUCUGGAGCACAUAAUUACACUCAAUAAAACAAUAAUUUAAAGCCUUGACAAAAUAAUCUUUACUCAAGGUCUUCUUACUAGCUUUUUACAGAACUAUCAGCUGCAUCUCAGUCUUUAUCAGCAACUGGAGUUGUUGGCUCAGUUGUCAAAUAGGAAUGGACAGAAACAUAUUGAUAGUAGGGGUGUUGCGAUAUACCAGUAGAAAAAUCAAAUAUUCAAAAAUGAAAUAUUGAUAUCAUGUUAAUAAUGCACAUAUGAUAAUAGAGUGUAAAGAAUCCAACGCCUCUGAAAUCAUUUCUGUUUUUCUCAGUUCUCACUUUGUCAUAGUAAUGCACCUAAACGCUGGUUGCCACCCGCCAUAAAAUGGCAAAAAAGAAGAAUUUGACUGACAGCAUACAUUUUUUAUUUUUUCAAACGUUCUAUAGAUUGCGAUAAUAUCGUUAUUGUGAAUUAUUUUGGCCACAAUAAUCGUGUAGUGAAAAUCUGAUAUCGUGACAGCCCUAAUUGACAGGAAUCGUUAAUUGGAUAAUUUCGUACAGAAGGGAAAAAAAUACGUACCUGCAGCCAAGUCACAAUGCAAAGUCACAAUUUGACAAUAGCAAGAGGUAAGCUAGCUAGAGCUAAAGUCCAGUGAAGAAGUAAUAUUUCAGCAUGCUAAAUACUACCAUAAAUGUGUUUUGUUUUGGCUUGAGAACGAAGCUGUUAAGUUACAGAAAUGUAUUUUCUGUUGGUAACCAGCUGAAUAUGCCAGUCGGUACUGAGCUGACAGAGAGAUCCGUGAAUUCCGUUUUUAGUACGGCAGCCCAGAGGCUAGCUCUACCUUAGCUAGCUGGCCAAAACCCUGCUACACUGUAACUCCAGUGUGUUUUUUAAAUGUCAUUUUGGAUUUGUACUAAAGAAUUAAGAGUUUAAAACAGGCCCAUCUUGAGUUAAUCUUCACAAAACAAUUUUUGGCAAGUUUAAAAGGAUGAAUGUUAAUGUAUAUUAGCAAAAACCUGAUGCCAGGCUAACCUGUGUAAAACCAAAACAAACAAGCAAGAGGAUGAAUUUCUCCAAUGUCAGUAACACAGCGUCUUCAGGUUUAGGCUAAUUCUAUGUUAGUUAAUUUAAAAAUCUAUUUUAAAAAAACUACCUUAUUAACAAAGAAAAUGACAUAUAAAUAACUGAAAAUGUCAUGGAAAACAGCAAGAGCACCAGAGUGUAAAGGCUUUAAGUUAACAUAAUAACUUAUGGAUAACUUAAAUUUAUAAGACAAUAAUUAGCCACUUACUUUUUUAGGGCUAAUAUAAGCUCCAAAAUUCACAAACAGGAUGUGAAAUGGUUGGCUUAUCUCUCAGAGGGAAAUGUGAGACUGUCUUAAUCACAGGCCUGUUUCAGGCAUUUUACCCUAACUGUCUUCUAAAAUUCGAAUCACUUUUUCAGCUUAAAGGUCGCUGGUAUUUAUCCACAACCUACAUAUGUUUUACACGUAUCUGCUAUGGAGCAGUAAAAAAGCUUACUGCCUCUUUAGUAGUUUGUGAAAUCUGUGUCACAAUAAAAAUACAGUAUUGGUGCAUCUCUGCUCGGUAUGUGACAAGAUAUAACACCAUCAUGUCGGGUGGCUCGUGUUCUUCAUAAUCACACAUAGUGUAGAUAUUCAUCAGUAUUUAUACUGGCCCGUGCAUACCUGUCUGUAUUGUAUCACUGAUGAUCACCUGUCACUGUGUACAAAUGCAUUUGAUAAGAGCUCCAUAUAUAUAUACUCUCCUGCCAUCUAUGAUAUAUGUUGGGUAUUGCAGUGUACCGAUCACUCUAGUUGUAGCUUGACAUUGCUUUUUUAUAAGGAUAAUUGUGGGAGGGACUUAUGGAAUAUUCAGUAACUGUCAAACAUUAUUCAUCACCUUAUAUGUUACUCUUUUAUGUAACCAGAAAAAGAUGAAUGGAAAUACAUGGAUAAAUGUAUGAAGUGUUGUGCACAACUGGGUUACACAUUGUAACUCGAUAUUAACUGUAUCUGUAUAUUUUACUUUUGUUGUAGAAUAUAGGACCACUAUUCUACUUGGACUGCUUUAGGUAACAGCUCAUCUUUUUAUGGAAAGUGAUACGUCUGUUCUUCUGUGUAUCUGUGAAAUAGAUCACUGUAUAUUUCAAAGCUUUUUAUAGUGGCAUGCUCUACUGUUGUACUCCAGAUCAUUCUUAUAUGAAAGUGUCCGUUGGUUCUUAGUUUAAAAUCAGAUAUUUGGUGGUAUGUGUUGGACUUGGAGGAAAAAGAAUACACCAUCCACUUUUUUCUGUUUCCUUGUUUCAACGUCUGAACCUGACAGUAAACUGAACCACAUUACAUUUUAAGGAAGCUGAGAGCUGUGAAGAUGGUUUUCAGCUGAAACAUUGUGCUGAAACAUAGUGGUAAUGCAUUUUGAAAUUGCCAAACCUAUCAUUGUCCCUGCUAGUUUACUUUAGAUUGAUUAAAGAUGACACCAGACUGCUCUGUCAUUUAACUCUGUGCCAAUUGCCUUUACUUUGCUUCCACUAUUGUUGUCAUGAGAUACAGACCUAUUUAUUUUUUGAUGAUAGCUGAUUAAGACACCGUCUGUAUGUAAACUCAUGCUUUUUUAUUUCCUUCAAAUCUUUGUUAUGCUCGUAUUUGGAACAU